AGAAUAAGUAGAAGAAUUAAGUUAAGUCAAUCCAAAAAGAAAAGGAGGUUCAUGGCCAAGGGAAAAGAUGUUAGAAUCAGAGUUAUUUUGGAAUGCAUCAGUUGUGUUCGAAAAGGUGCCAAUGAGGAAUCGACGGGGAUUUCUAGAUAUAGUACUCAAAAGAAUCGCCACAAUACACCCGGACAAUUAGAAUUCAAAAAAUUUGUCGUUAUUGUCGCAAGCAUACGACUCAUCACGAAAUAAAGAAAUAGGAACAUCGUGUGUUCGAUCUUUCCAAACAACAGAAAGAGUAAGAACUUCAUAUUUAAUAUAUAAAGAAAACAUAGUAUAGAAUACAAAAUACAAAUCAACUCAUCUGAUUUCCGGUAGAUAUUAUUUCAUAUGUAUAGAGGGUAUUCAUAUACUAUAAUAUGAAUCAAAUAAGAUAUGGAUCAAAGAAAAACUACUUCUUCUGGAUCCUAAAUUAAUAAAAUAAAGAAGUGAAUUUUCAAAUUUUCAAAUUUUAAAUAAGGAAUAAAUCAUGUAUACAUCUAAACAACCUUUUCUUAAAUCUAAGCAACCCUUUAGUAAAUCCAAGCAAACUUUUAAUAAAUCCAAGCAACCCUUUCGUAAAUCCAAGCAAACUUUUCGUAAAUUCAAGCAACCUUUUUGUAAAUCUAAACAACCUUUUCGUAGGCGUCCCCGGAUUGGCCCGGGAGAUCGAAUUGAUUAUAGAAACAUGAGUUUAAUUAAUAGAUUUAUUAGUGAACAAGGAAAAAUAUUAUCGAGACGAAUAAAUAGAUUAACCUUGAAACAACAACGAUUAAUUACUCUUGCUAUAAAACAGGCUCGUAUUUUAUCUUUCUUACCGUUUCGUAACUAUGAGAACGAAAAGCAAUUUCAAGCCCAGUCAAUUUCAAUAAUUACAGGUUCUAGACCCAGAAAAAAUAGACAUAUUCCUCAAUUAACGCAAAAGUACAAUUCCAAUCGAAACUUAAGAAACAACAACCAAAAUUUAAGAAACAACAACCGGAACUUAAGUUCCGAUUGUUGAUGUUUUAUUCGAAUUCGAAAGGGCCAGACCUAUAUAUAUUAUAAAGAAAGUAAUCCAGCUCGUUGAUUCCUACCACUUAAUCUUAAUUUAUUGUAUCUUCCCGGAGUUCCCUCUCCGGGAAUUCAUCUU